AUGGCGGACGCAUUUCGCAAAUUCCCGCUCGCAAUCGCCCUAACCUUUCUCCUCCAAUUUUCCCUACCUUUCCCGCCAAUUGCCUCCGCCGCCGCGCACGAAAAUCCGUUGGCCACCCAGGUCUGCCGGAACACCACCGAUUUCGAUUUCUGCCGGCGGUCGAUCUACUCCGACCCUCACGCCCCCACCGCCGACCGGGCGUUCCUCGCCGUCAUAAUCUUCACCAACGCCUUCCUGAACGCGACGGACACCAGGGACCACAUCGCCGCGCGGGUGAAGUCGGGCGGCCGCGGCGGAGGAGGAGGAGGAGAUUCCGGCGUGGCGCGUGGCCUGAGAAGCUGCCUCCGCCACUACGACGAAGCGAUCCGCGCCGUGUCGGAGGUUCUGGGCGAUCUGAACGACGACACGUUCUACGAUUUCGACAAACUGUCGCUCGAGGCCGAGAGCAACGCGCGCGCCUGCGAGAGUGGGUUCCACGGGCGGUCGCCGAUAACUCCGAGGAAUGAAAUCUUCAUCAAGCUUGCCGAGAUUUGUGGGGACGGCCGUGGGUCAGCCGAGCUGAGCGGCCUGAAAGGCUGCCUAGCGGACUACACAUUGGCGGUGCAGACCCUUAAAGAGGUUCUAGGGGACUUGGACUCCGAGACGUACUAUGAAUUCGAUGUAUUGUCCAACAAAUCCAGAAAUAAUGUGGCCACCUGC